AUGGACACCAUCAGUACCGACGUCCUCAUCGUCGGCGCCGGCCCCGUCGGCCUUACCCUCGCCUACCAACUCCGCCUCUUCUCCCUCCCCGCCACACCCUCCUCACCAACACCACCCACCUACGCCCCCAUCUCCGUACACCUCAUCGAAGCGCACCCUAAACCCCAACAGGACAACUUUGGCCGCGCCGUAACCUUCUGGCCACGCUCCAUGGAACUCCUGUCCGCCAUCGGCCUGGGCGACGCCAUCGAGCAGCAGUGCUAUGCGGUGCGGCACUCGGCCGCCUACGACGCCAAGGGCCAGGAGCGCAAGGAGCACGGUGCCUGGGGUUUCAUUGAGGGCAUCAGUGAUACGCGGUACCGGUUUGCGUCGGUGCUGCGCCAGAAGUAUGUGGAGGAGAUUAUGCGGGGAAAGGGGGCGGAGGUCGGGGUGCAGGUGCAUUCGCCGCACGUGUUUGAGGGGCUGGAGGUGGACGAAGCGGUGCCGGUGGGGCAGAUGGGAAGGGUCGUUGCGACGGUGAGGGAUAACAGUGGUGUUGGGAACGGGGGAGAGGGGAGGGUGUAUAAGGUGAGGUGUCGGUAUUUGAUUGGAUGUGAUGGGAGCAGGACAAAGGUGAGGGGCGCGGCGGGUAUCGAGAGCGAGGGAUCUAGGACGGAAGACAAAUGGGUUCGUGUCGAUGGCGUGCUGGAGAGCACGACGAUGCCAAAGCCAAGGUGCUACGGCGCCAUAGAAUCACCGCUCUACGGCAACGUCCUCUGGAUCCCCCUCGACCACGGCGCCACGCGUCUGGGCUACAAAUUCGACCCCGCCCGACAGGCGCUCUACACCGACUCCAACCUCACCGAACGCGACAUCUUCAUCCGCGAGUCCGAGCUGUGUGUGCAGCCCUUCGCCCUCAAAUGGAAGCAGGUCGACUGGGCCAGCGUCUACGCCGUGGGCCAGCGCGUCGCCAAGUCCUUCUUCGCACACCAGGCCGUCUUUCUGGCGGGCGACAGCUGCCACACGCACUCCUCCGGCGCAGGCCAAGGCAUGAACGCGGGCGUCAAUGACGCCGCCAACUUGGGCUGGAAACUGGCCCUGGUCUUGACGGGCCGUGCGAAGCCGGAGUUGCUGGAUACGUAUAAUGCGGAGAGGCAGGUGCUGGCGGAGAAGUUGAUUCGGUACGACGAAGGUAUCAGCGAGCUGGUGUCCGGGAGGAUACCAAAGGGGAAGGAGUGGGCGAAGUAUGCUGAUCAGAAAGAUCCAAACGUCGUGCUGGGGAGGGUGUUGAUGGAGGCGAAGGGGUUCAAUACUGGGCUGACGCUCGGAUAUGGGCAGAAUGCUGCAGUGUGGAAGGAAGAACGGAAAUUGUCAGGCGGAGGGAUCGAAGCAGAGGUAGUGGUACCGGCGCCCGCCAGGCCGGGGUUGAGGGCGCCAGACGUGAAAGUGCUGGUACCUGCGUUGUGGGAGGAAUGCUGGUUGCUGAAAUGUAUGCCAAACCGAGCGCAUCUCUAUGUGUUGACCUUCCUCGGGAAGGGAAGCCAGGCGAAAUUGCAUCUGAAAGAGUUCAAAGAAGACGUGGAAAGACGGCUUCAGCAAAGAUCUGCCGGCGUCCAUGGUCACACCAGCUGCAAUGGUGCACUUACCAAUGGCGGCAUCAAGCCUACCGGCGAGCUGCCCGUAAAGUAUCUGACCAUCCUUCCGGAAGCUGUGGACAAUGGCUGGCACGAGCUUGGCUUCGAUCCGCUAGGUGCCACAUAUUACGACAACGCCGGCCAGGCUGGUAGGCGCUACGAGAUUGAUGUCGACAAUGGCACUGUCUUUGUCAUUCGCCCGGAUGGGUGGAUCGGUGCCCGAAUGGAUCUCAGCACAGGGAAAGCUGCUGCUGAUGUGACUCGAUACCUAGAAGGACUGCUAAUUUGCUAG